AUGAUCGGCAUCUGGACGCUGGUGUAUUCGAUAGCGUCGCUGUUUCUGUUCGGUUGGCAGACUGGCGUCCUAAACCACUGUCGUUCGGUGACCAUGGCCCAGGCAAAUCUGCAGUGCGAGUGGGACUGCCCAUGUGUCGGCUCGUCGACUGCAAGGACCACCCGAAUCAUUGAAGGUCUCCAUCUUUUGCGAAAGCAAUGGAGGGAGAGCAUCUUUUCGAUCACACAACUCGGUAUUAUGGGUUGGCAGAUGGCGGCCAUCAAGUACGAGAAAGAUCGAGCCGCAAAUACUCUCCUUCCCAACUAUAACACCUAUGGAAAAUAUGACAUUCCAUCUUACUACGAGUCCUACUGGCAAAGUCCUGAGGAACGUUACUACACAGGUCUCUUCGUUAUACAAAUUCUUUGUCUCAUAUCGGCGUUUUUCCUGCUGUUUGCUUCUGUGGCUCUCAUCUACGGAGUACAUACGUGGUCGCGACACCUGAUCUGGCCAUGGUUCAUCUGUAUAGUGUCGUCGAUCCUCACCUCACUGGCGUACUGCAUUAUGUGGUGGGCAGGAGACGUACGCGACUACUGGAUGGCCCUCACUAUACUCGAAAUUAUCGGAGUAUUCAUCAAUGUGGGUGGUCCUCUAAGCGUCCUUACUAUCCCUGGAUCAGAAAACAUCCGGUCUAUUCAGGUAUACUGCGUGGUUGUGGUUUACAUGUUUAUGCAACGAUUAGCGGCAACAACAGACGAGUAUGAGGGGAAGAAACCUCAAGUGAGGUACAAGGUUAACCGGAACGGAUAUACCAGGAAGCCGCUUGACGACUCUCGCACCAUGUAUCAACCUUAUCCACCAUAUUCACCAUCGGGAAUGCCUCAGACUCCUCUACCAAUGCCCUCAUCACCGUAUCCACCGGUACCACCUUAUCCACUGGAUGAGCAUGAGGUGAGUGCUGUUGAUUUGCUGAUUAGUAUGAGUAAGCCUUGA